ACUCGCUUUUCUCGCGUCUCCCCACUUCCAGUAUGGCCACUGAUAAACUGGUUAAGGGCUUUCGCAGUGAGCUAUCAGCUAUGGACAUGUCACUGGCAAAGAAGGUGGUUCUCAUAACCGGCGGGAGCUUCGGCAUCGGGAGGAAACUGGCUGAAACAGUCGCCUCUGAAAAAGCUCUGGUCUCAGUUUGCGACGUCAAUGAAGCAGACGGGGUAGAACUGGAGGAGAAAUUGAACAAGGAACACGGAGAAGGAACGGCAAUGUUCAUGAAAUGCGACGUCACUGACAGAAAUGCUUUCAGAGAUUUCUUCCAAAAAACCAAAGACCGCUUCGGCAGGAUCGACGUCGUCGUGAACAACGCCGGAUUCUUCGACGACAGCGACCAGAAAUGGGAGUCCAUGGUGGAUGUCAACGUGAAAGGCGUUAUCACUGGUUCCCUGCUCGCACUCGAAUUCAUGGGCACUGAGAACGGCGGUGAAGGAGGAACUGUCUUAAACAUAUCCUCAGUAGUCGGAUUCCAUAGGAUGAUCUUUAUGCCGAUAUAUUCAGCGAGCAAAGCAGCCGUGCUCAUGUUCACCAGGAACAUGGGAGACGAGCUGCAUUUUUCAAAAAACCACGUCAAGUUCAUAGCGAUCUGCCCUCACGGCUCGCUGGGCAGCCACUUCUUCGAGAACACGCGGGGACGGUUCCUCUACCCGGACGGCUAUCUUGAGGACAAAUUCGAAAAAUGCUUCGACGUCCAGUCAUUUCAAUCAGUCGAUCACGUCGCCCAGUCCAUAGCCAACGUCCUCAAAGUCGGCAGCAACGGAAGCAUCUGGCUAAUAGAAAACGGGGAGAAAGAGAAGGAGGUGAAUAUAGUCGAUCCAAAAAUUCACGGCGUUGAUGAGCAACCGAAAUCAUCCUGCUCGCCAUAAACCAUAAAUUUAAUCAAAAUCUAUGUUGUUUUUUUUAUUGCAAUUUAUAACAGUUCGAUCUGAACUAUAAGUUUUACUUCCUUAAAAUUUAAAAUAAAAAUAUAUAUAACAAUAGAGAAAAAUA